GAUUAACAGGAAGUUGGAGCUGACACAGUUGCCAACCUUUUGGCCAGGAGAAGAGGCUGGGGUUAAAGUCUUAGAGCAAUGGCUUUCAGAAUAGUCAGUUCACCCCUUGGCGAUUUUCCUGUAGGGAAACGUGGACACGUUGGAGUCAAAACCUCCCUGAGGCAACUUGUUUUUAUGUAGAAACAGGUUGCAGGAAGGGGGCGUGGGGACUGAGCAAAGCAAAUCCCAAAGAGUUACUUCAGAAAUGUGAGGAGGAAAGGUGGAAAUGCAGUGCAGUGGCAAACGAGGAGAAAAGGAAGACAGAAAAAAAGGACAAGCAUGUUCAACUGGAAGGUUACAGAACAGCCGAUCAGAACUGCACCUACCAAAAGGAUGGUUAUGGAUUCUGGAGAAAAUGUAAGUUAAAUCUACCUAUGCUCUGAUCAGAUCCCAAGAGACAUUUUACUCACUUCCUGGUUUUGAAUGAUGGGCUCUUGGAAGCAGUGUCUUUUUUGUGUGUCUCUGGUCACUGCUCUGAUUUUUGUGUUUGUUUACAAUAAUGAGUUAUGGGAGAAUAAAAAUUUCCUGGGAGCAUCUCUGUCCAAUGCUUCGCUAUUAGCAGAAGUCUGUCGUCAGAUUUUUAAGGGGAAGGUUUUUUACCCAACGGAGAAUGCAUUGAAAACUACCCUCAGUGAAUCUACCUGUUACGAGUACAUAGCUCAAAGUCACUACAUAACAGAAGCACUCUCUGAAGAAGAGGCUGGCUUCCCUUUGGCUUACAUGAUGACCAUCCACAAAGAUUUUGGCACUUUUGAGAGACUCUUCAGGGCAAUUUACAUGCCCCAAAAUGUCUACUGUGUUCAUGUGGAUAAAAAGGCAACAGAUACAUUUAAAGAUGCAGUGAAGCAAUUACUGAGCUGCUUCCCAAAUGCUUUUCUGGCUUCCAAGAUGGAGCCCGUGGUCUACGGUGGGAUUUCCAGGCUCCAGGCUGACCUGAACUGCAUCAAAGAUCUUGCAGGCUCUGAGGUUCCAUGGAAAUAUGCCAUCAACACCUGUGGGCAAGAUUUCCCCCUGAAAACCAACAGGGAGAUAGUUCAGUAUCUGAAAGGAUUUAAAGGGAAAAACAUCACCCCAGGGGUGCUGCCUCCCGAUCAUGCUAUUGGACGGACUAAAUAUGUCCACCAAGAACUAUUGAGCAAAAAAAAUUCCUACAUGAUUAAAACCGCGAAAUUGAAAACUCCGCCUCCUCACAACAUGACCAUUUACUUUGGCACUGCCUACGUGGCCCUCACGAGAGAAUUCGCUAAUUUUGUCCUCCAAGACCAGCAGGCACUUGACUUACUGUCCUGGUCCAAGGACACCUACAGUCCUGAUGAACAUUUCUGGGUCACACUCAAUAGGAUUCCUGAAACCUCCUGUGCAUCCCCGCCACAUACAGCCUCACGUCCUAGCCCCUUUGCUGGAAGGGAGCUCAUUGCAGCGUGGCCCCUUGACCUCUGCAGCGCCUUCUCGCCCUAUGCUCCGCCCCCCCAUCCCAUACUGCACACCAGCUGUACCAGACAACUCGUGGGUCUCAAAUGUGCCACUUUCAGCCUCCCUGCCUCGACGCAUGCCAGCUCCCCUCCAGAAUGCUCUAGAACGCUCUUCCUCCCUCUCCCUCCUCUGAUUGGCAUGUGCAUUUCUUUGAAGAUUCAGCUUAGAGUCAUAUUCUCUAAAGAGCCUUUCCUAAUUCUCGCUCCUGUGGACUCCAUCCCCCUGUGUCACAUUGUACUACUGUUAGUCUUGCAAUGCUGUGUUUGUGCUCCUAGUGGCCUUCUAGACUGACCUGCAAGGGUAGCACCAGCACCUGCUAAUUUCUUCUUCCUUGUUCCUGGCACAACGCCUGGCACACGAGCAAUGGAGCCCUGGCUUCUCAGUGUCAUUUCACUUGCACAAACUCAACAGUAUCUCUCUCUCUCACACACACACACACACACACGUACACACAUGCACACUCACAGUGUGUGUAAGUCUAAAUGGCCAUCCCUCCGCCGCCCUCCAUUCCGCCCAAUGAAUCUGGGGUCCACAGUGAGCGUGAGGUGGAUUCUGCAUUCCCAUGAUGGGUCUUGGUUCCCAUGCUCACGAAUCUUAAAGAUACAGUGUGCAUCUCAUGACAUGGCUCCUCAGCUCAAAUUAACUUCUUCAUCUGGUGCUCAUAAGAAGAAACCACCAUCUGGACCAAGAUGAAAAGGAAAAUUGUCAGCAUUGGAAUUAUGGAGAGACUCCGUGUCAUCUUAAUAUUCCCAAAGGAUUUCUCCAGAGGAAUUUUGACUGUAUGCUGUCUUCCCUGUACAUAUUGGCUUUGUAACCUAAUCUCCCAG